CGAAGGAAAAGAGCAGCAUCGUUGUCUUUUUUGGCUUGUGGCUACAAUGUGAGACAGACUAUCUUCCAAUAUAUGACCAAUUUCGUCGAGGAGCAAUCGUUAUAUAGAAAUUUUGAUUGUCCGAUUAAUAGUUUCCGAAAAAACACAUUUAGGGAAGAAUCGGCGCGGAAAUGCCUUCAUUUAUCGGAAAUAACUGCCUUAUUUAGCAGAAAUCUCUACGCAUUACAGAAUAUAGUGAUUAUUUAGGCAGUCAGGGGGCGCCAUAAACGAUCGCUUUGAUAGCUGAAAUUCAGACGAUAUUGGUAGGAACGUAAUGUUUUCUUGAUAAAAGAUCACUCGUUGUACAGCAGAAGGAGCACGCAAAUAAUAAAAAAAAAAUCUUUUUAAGGAGAUUUAAUUGGUUGUCAUUAAGGGAAGUUAAGGCUAUUUAAAGUAGUUUUGCGUUGCAAGGAGAAACAGUUUAUUUGGAAACUAUGCAUCAUAUAAUAAGUGUCCUCUUGUGCUUGAUGGCCUCAUGCGUUGCUUCGAAGGCCUGGUACAACCGUUAUGACAAUGCUGUUUACGGUGGUGGCUGGGCACCAGACCGACGAAGUUUUAAAAGGUGUACAGAGACUGGAGGAGGUUGUAUAAAGAACCACCAAUGUUGUAGCAACCUCUGUAUCAUAGAUAACACAUCCAAAUUUGGGUUUGGCCUUUGCAAAUCGAAUAUCUUAGAUGCAUACCUGCCUAACUCAGAGUUUGGCUACAAGAAAAAAAAUCAAGAGUGUAUUGACAGUAUCGAAUGUGCCGACCAAUGCUGCAGACCCACACGUAUGGGACGUUAUGGGAAGAAACUGACUUGUGGAAAACCCGAGGAAAAUACUGCUUGUAUUGGUCGUGUAUUUAGCAAAAACGAUAUCUUCAACGGAUACUAAAUAAUCUUUUAAAAUACAUUUUAAAGUUUUCUCGUUGUGCGAAUAUUUCUACUACUAGUAAUACUUUCCAGUUGUUUGAUACGAAAGUUGGCAAGUCACCUAAUUGCGAAUCUGGUAAAAAUGAAAAAUGUCUUGACGUUUGUUUCUCGGGCAAACAUUGUUUAUUCUACUGUUCUACUUACUGUGUAAGUAAAAUGUGUUUCGAACUUUCAUUCAAACUUCAAACAUUAACAUUUUAAUAUUACGAGUGUAUCAGAAAAAUGGACUACAUUGUUUUCUAAAUGACAAUUGAAUGUUUUAAAACUUAAUGCUCAGUUAUUAAAAAACAUGUACGGACUUACAUGCAUUGCAUAGUUGAAAAAUUUCAUACUUCCUUGAAGAACAUUACUGAUAUUUAGAAACAACGUUAAUGCCAAAUUACUUUUACAAUACUUUAAAUUAUUUUCGACUUUUAAUGAAAGGGAUAUCAAUUUAAAAAUAGAUACAUAUAUAAUUCUUCAGUUGAAUGUUUAAUCUUCAUUUUUGGUCAUAUGUAUUCAUAACUCAAUGUAUAAAUUGAUAUGGAAUAAAUAUAACACAGAA